AGUUGACCGGUUGGCUUGUCAUGUCUUUGUUGCUUCUUUAGCGCCGCUGGAACUGUGAAUCAAAGUGAGGAUUUGAUGGAAAAUAAGCUCAUAUUGCCAUAAGAGAAAAACGCUGAAACCUUACCCUGAUAAGAUUUGUAUGCUAAACAACCUGUACAGCCAGCAGCUAUGUUCCCUCAACAUGCAUGUUGAUUUAUUUGAUAAAGUCCAAAGACCCUAAAGAUGGAAGAAAGGCUGAAUGGAUCUCUGCCUGUUGUCUCCCCGGAGUAUCUUCAUCAGUGGGUUCGGUCCGCCCAGCAGUUUCAAGCUCUCCAGUCCCAGUACGCCAACUUCAACCCUCAACAUCAGUUUCACUACCCAGAGAAUCCGACUGCAGAGGCAGCGGCAGCACACAUGGCCGCCCCAGAACCCGCGAUGCAGCAGAUGGAACCUGCUGACCUGACCAAACCUCCAGCUAAAAAAAGAGGUAGACCAGCCCAACCCAAGGAACCAGGUGCACCAAAACCCCCAAAGGUCCCCAAAGCACCAAAACAACCAAAACCACCUAAGGACCCGAAUGCACCUAAAGCUAAACCAGGUCCAAAACCCAAAAAGGCUGCUGAAGCUCAGGGGGAUGGGAAGCAGGAGAAGAUUGAUGAGAGCUUCAAGAAGGUAAAGAGGAAAGUGGACCGCUUCAAAGGGAUGUCGGAGGAGGAAGUCAUGAAGAAGACACUACCCGACCUGCUGGAUUACAACCUGGAUUAUGUCAUUAUUGGUAUAAAUCCAGGACUGAUGGCAGCUUUUAUUGGCCGAUGGUUUCCAGGUCCUGGAAAUCAUUUCUGGAAAUGCUUGUUUCUGUCCGGAUUUACAGAGGAGCAACUUAACCACAUGCAUGACACAACGCUGCCUGUCAAAUACAAAAUGGGCUUUACCAAUAUGGUAGCCAGGGCCACACCUGGGAGCAAAGACCUCUCAAGUAAGGAAUUGCGAGAAGGAGGAAAAAUUCUUGUGGAGAAGUUAAAGAAGUACAAACCCCUCAUAGCUGUGUUCAAUGGGAAAUGUAUCUAUGAAAUGUUCUGCAGGGAACUGUUUGGCAAAAAACCCCAGAAGCUCGAGUUUGGUUUACAGCCGCACAAGAUCCCUGAAUGUGACGUGGCCUUGUACCUGAUGCCUUCCUCCAGUGCUCGUUGUGCCCAGUUUCCUCGCGCUCAGGACAAGGUUCACUUCUACAUCAAACUGAGGGAGCUCAGAGAUCAGCUGAAGGGUGUCCGAAAAGCAGCUGAGAUUGAGGAGAUCAACUACACGUUUGAUCUUCAGUUAGCUAAGGAGGACGCUAAGAGGUUAGCAAUAAAGGAGGAGCAGUAUGAUCCUGGAUAUGAAGAUGCCUACGGUGGAGCGUAUGUAGAGAAAGGAGCUGAAGAAAGCCAGGCUGGGAGCCAAACCAACGGUCACUGUACGUUCACAUCUACUGCAAACUCAGAAGGAGCCCAAAUGGCGAGCACAUCCCAAACGGAGGGUCAGCUCCCAGACGGACAGUGGAUGAGCCAGUCGUUCGCAGAUCAGAUUCCUAACAUAAGCGGCGGACCAAAAGAUGGCAGCAUGUGAGAAGGAUUAGGAAAGUCUGCUGCAACGGCGUAUGAGGGCCAUUUAACGAUUAAAAACAAAAAUUGGAAUUUAAAGGUUUGAGUUUAAAGUGGCAUAUUUAUGAGAAUAAAUACACAAGUUUACCAGUAAAAACCCCACAUUUAUGAACUUGUAUACAUGCAAAUUUAGAAGGAAACAAGUAGAAAAUUAAUGAGACUGAACCGCAAAUUUAAAAGAAAAAAACACAAUCAUUUAACAGAUUCUAUUGUAUCAUUAAUUUUUACUUUAAAAACUU